CUCAGAAAGGCAUUGAAUCCAUUGUCUCAGUCUCUCUUAAUAACAAACAGGAGGAGAGGCCUUUCUCUCUCUCUCUCUCUCUCUCAGCUCUCUUUCUCUCUCUCUGUUAUCAAAUCUCUCUUAUUCUCUCGUUUCUUCUUUUUGAUCAGACGGGCGAUACCACUCCUUUCUCAAAUCUCAACGGCACAAAAUUAAUAAAUACUCUCGCUCUAGCCCCUCUCUCUCUCUCCCCAUCUCUCUCCCUCUAUAUCAGACUCUCACACUCCUCACUCAUCAACCUUAACAAGAACAAUCGACAUAUUCAUGUCCACCGCAUUCAUAUGAUGAUACUGGAAGAGAAGAGGCUCGAUACAGUACUUGUGUGAUCUGAAAUUGCUUUCCUAUACAUAAUUCAAAGUUUUGAAAGAGUGACAAAAGAGCUAAAUAAAGAUGUCUUCGUCAAACUCUCCAUGUGCUGCUUGCAAAUUCCUCCGAAGAAAAUGCACUCAAGAAUGUGUGUUUGCGCCGUAUUUUCCCCCAGACCAGCCUCAGAAAUUCGCCAAUGUUCACAAAGUGUUUGGCGCCAGCAACGUGGCGAAACUCCUGAAUGAUCUCAACGCGGCGCAGCGCGAAGAUGCUGUGAAUUCCCUGGCGUAUGAGGCGGACGCUAGGCUCCGAGACCCGGUGUAUGGCUGCGUUGGCCUCAUCUCGAUUCUACAACACAAGCUGAAGCAAGUCCAAGUUGACCUAUUCAAUGCCAAGAAAGAGUUAGCCAGUUACAUUGGGCCUUCUGCAAUGUUACCGAUUCUUCAGCACCCGGGCCUAAUUCAGCAGCACCCGAGUAAUCCCCAAAACGUGUUGGGCUACAAUAAUAUGCAGCCGAUGUUAGGGCUGUCCAUGAAUCAGCCCCACGGGGCAAUGCCGUUGAUGAUCCGUGACCCGCAGCAGCAGCAAAUGCUGGAGGCUCAGCACUUGGCCGCGGCCGAGAGAGAACAGGCGGAAAUAAUGAGAACUUAUAAUGAGCAGCAGCAGCCGCCUCCUGAUCAGCAUCCGCGGUUCAACAAUGGAUUUGACACCAGCGGCCAGACCGCAGCUAGUGGAUUCAAUCAGACUAUCGCAGACGGUUCAACCAUGUCUCUGGUUUUAGGUUCUUACGAGAACCAGUACGGUCAUCAUCCGAUUCAACAGCAGCCACAGGAGCCUCACAUCCAUCACAAUCAGGUCCUUCAAAUCCAGCCUCAACUCCUACUCCAACAGCAGCAGCAGAUUGCGCCACCGCAAGCGGUGACGCAGCAUAGAGAUGGAAGCGAGGAAGGCCGGAGCGGUGGUCCAUCGUGUUGAAAAACAAGUCGGAUGAUGAUAUUAUUAUUAUUACUUUGUUUUGUUUGCCACAAUUUAUCCAUCUAUAUAGGUAAGGUAACCUUUCACUUUCUCAUUCUAGUUUUGGUUUCUAGCGACUAUUCCAUAUCUACGUUAUGUUUUGGUGC